GUUAAAAGAGCUGUGAUUUUAUUAGGAGUGUGUGUGUGUGUGUUUCUGGGUGGUGGCUGCUGUUUGUUUAACUGGAAUAUCUCUCGGUGGCUGAAGGCUUUGGAGUAGCUCAGUUAGUAUAGGAAGUUUUUUGAAAAGUUUGUUGUAGAGAUUUAUUUAUUUAUUUAUUUAUUUUAUUUAUUUUUGAGCAGCAGUGAAAUGCAAGCCAUAAAGUGUGUGGUGGUCGGAGACGGGGCAGUGGGAAAAACAUGCCUUCUGAUCAGCUAUACCACUAAUGCCUUCCCGGGAGAGUACAUCCCCACAGUGUUUGACAAUUAUUCUGCAAACGUGAUGGUAGAUGGGAAGCCAGUAAACCUGGGGUUGUGGGACACAGCAGGACAGGAGGACUACGACAGACUCAGGCCACUCUCCUACCCUCAAACGGACGUGUUUUUAAUUUGCUUCUCGCUGGUGAGCCCCGCCUCGUUCGAGAACGUCCGUGCCAAAUGGUAUCCUGAGGUCAGACAUCACUGCCCCAACACUCCAAUCAUUCUUGUUGGGACCAAGAUCGACUUAAGGGAAGACAAGGACACUAUUGAGAAGCUGAAAGAAAAGAAACUCACUCCUAUUACUUACCCACAAGGCCUUGCUAUGGCUAAAGAAAUAGGUUCUGUGAAAUAUCUGGAAUGCUCAGCUUUAACUCAGCGCGGCCUAAAGACCGUGUUCGAUGAAGCCAUCCGCGCAGUCCUGUGCCCACCACCGGUCAAAAAACCAAAGCCAAAGUGCCAUAUCUUCUGAACGAACCGUCCACAAAGAGCCGUCUGCACUCAUCUGAGGAGAGGCGUCGGGAACAGUGGGGAAGGAGGAUGUUAGGAAUAAGAGGGAUGACACUAUGAACCACAUACGUCUCUCUUACUUGCAUAUUGUAAUUAUAAUUAGAUCAAGUCAGUUUUAGGAGUGUUUUCUUUUCUUGAGGAAAUGGGGAUGAUUUUUCCUCAUUAUAUCCCUUCACAUUAAGUAAUUCCUGCUGCCUUUUAACACCAAAACCAAAUGAUCCUUUCUUUAUUUUAUCCGUGAGAGCCUAUAUAUUUUGUUUACACACUGCGUUUUUAUUUUUAAAGAAAAUGUAAAGUUGCCAGAAAUGCAAACCUACCUUUAAUAGCCUUUGCUUAUUCUAUAAACACUAUUUUUUUUUUUGUGAUUCAGAAAUUGCAUACUGCUUAAAUCAUAUAUAUAGAUGUACUUUAUUGAUCCCUGAGAGGGGGACAGUUGGGAAUCAAUUUUUUUAGGAUUUUAUUCAUUUUUAUUAGUUCGUGUACAUAUUGGGGUCAAAUAUUUGGUACAUAAAUGUUACACUAGAAAUCGCACGUGUUCACUGACCGGUUAUAUCACCAGAGCUUUCUAAAUUACUACACGGAAUUCGGCUCUAGGAUUAUUCAUACGUGCUGCAUUUACUCAUGCAGUCGUAGGGAAAGAGGAUGUGUUUAUUCCAGCCCAGUAUUGUAUAAAGCCUGUUGUUUAUCUGAUGUAUAGAUUAUAGAUCGAUGUUCUGCUAGCUUAUACAGUGAGAAUGAGAAUUGUCUGUCCAGAAAAUCUGCUGUCAGGAUGGAAUGAUGCUCCUGAGAGACGUGCAAGUGUAACUGAAAUCCCUUUUAACGGGAAGGCACACUGAGAAGACACAUACGAGAACGAGUUGAGAACAGAUGAUUUAUUUUUCUCAUGCAAGGUUUCAGUCAUGUCAGAUGUUUUAUUUUUACCGCACUCCUGCUACACUUCCAAUGUAUUAACAAUAUUCUGUAGAACUGAAUGAGAGUCUUCAUGCUUCAGUGAUUUCAUAAAACAAGUGUUAAUCAGUUAGUUCAUCUGAAAUCACUUUCCACUGUCAUGAUUAUGUCUGUUAAAUAGAGAUUUACUUCAUGUG